AAACAACACAUAAAUAACAACCACAAACACAACAAAUAAACGGGUUUAAUUGUGGCGGAUCAGGAAGUCAUUAGCAUUAGCAAGGCCCGUAGCACUGCGUUAGUCUGCAGCCAUUACUGCUCAAGAGAAGAACGAUCGAUUCCAUUUGGAGAUCUUGGCGAUUGUGGAUCACUUAACCACAGCUCAAAUCGUAAUCCUGGAGAGAGAAGUAGAACAAGAGAUGAAAUCAAAUUCAUUGGAAAAGGAAAAGAAUCAACAACAGAAUCAUAAAGAGAAUGAAAAUGUGAAUGAGAAUGAGAAUGUGAAGAAGAAGAAGGGGCUUGGAUGGAUUGAAUGGUUAAGAGGUUGGUUCUAUGUCAUUUUUGAGAUGUUAUUUCAACGUAUUUCUGCAAGUCAUCUUCAAAAUCCAAUGCCUUUGCCUCCUGUUGAUAAUCUUACUUGCAUUGUUACUGGCUCCACUAGUGGUAUUGGUCGCGAAAUCGCCAGGCAACUGGCAGAGUCUGGUGCCCACGUUGUCAUGGCUGUCAGGAAUCCAAAAGCAGCUCACGAGCUUAUUCAGAAAUGGCAAACUGAGUGGUCAGGGAAAGGCCUUCCUCUGAAUAUCGAGGUUAUGGAACUUGACCUGCUGUCCUUGGACUCUGUUGCGCAAUUUGCAGAAUCAUGGAAUGCUCGAGCAGGGCCUUUGCACAUACUAAUAAACAAUGCUGGGAUAUUUACCAUAGGAGAGCCACAAAAAUUCUCGAAGGAUGGUAAUGAAGAGCACAUGCAAGUCAAUCAUUUGGCUCCAGCAUUGUUAUCAGUGCUUCUUUUGCCUUCCCUUCUUAGAGGAUCUCCAAGCCGCAUAAUCAACGUGAAUUCCGUUAUGCAUUAUAUUGGAUUUGUUGAUCCCGAAGAUAUGAACGUUGUUAAUGGAAAGAGAAAAUUUACAAGUUUAGUGGGAUACUCAAGCAGCAAGCUCGCUCAGAUCAUGUUUAGCAGCGUGUUGCAAAAACGUUUGCCAGCUGAAUCUGGCAUUAAUGUAGUUUGCGUCUCACCUGGCAUUGUUCAUACAAAUGUUGCAAGGGAUCUUCCCAAAAUUGUUCAAGCUGGUUAUAAUUUAAUACCAUACUUCAUUUUUAGUGCCCAAGAAGGUUCAAGAAGUACUCUUUUUGCUGCAACUGACCCGCAAAUUUCAGAAUACUGUGAGCUAUUGAAGGCAGAUGAAUGGCCUACAUGUGCUUUCAUAUCUCAGGAUUGUCGUCCAGCAAAUCCUUCAGAAGAGGCACACAACACUGGAACUUCAUGUCGGGUAUGGGAGAAGACACUGGAAAUGACUGGUCUUCCUUCAGAUGCCGUUGAGAAGCUUAUAGAAGGAGAGGAAGUUUCAUGUCGAUUUGGAAGUCAAACGGGCUAGGUUAUGUUACGGUUGAAGAGCGAAAGUUCAAUCUUUGAUAUUAGUAUUAACAAGUAUAAAUCGUAGCUCUUGCCUUGUAGCUUUUUGAUGGAAAAUGUGUUUUUGGAGAAUUUAAGAAUUUGUGUAUUACUAUUUUUCACGUGUAAUUUGAGAAGCCAAGAAUGAGUCUGUAAUGAAAUUGGUAACAGAAAUACAUUUUUAUUCAUUUGGCACUUCAACAAUUCAUGUUUCGAACA